AUGCACGACCAUCCUCCAUUUCCUAAGACGAAAAUCAAUGAAGUUUACAUAUCAGCUGGGGGAAAAGUUAUAAUCAUGAAAUCAUUAACUAAUUAUCCAUCGGAUUGUUUAAAAUCAUUAACAAAUGAAGAAAUUAUGGUAUAUAAUUUUCGUGCAUAUGUAUCACCUUUACUUGCAUUUAUUGGUAUACCAGCAAAUAUUUUUGUAAUUAUUAUAUUUAAUAUAUUAGAAAAACAACAAACAUGUCGGUUUAAUUUAUAUGCAAUAUGGAUGGCAUUAGCACAUUUAAUACAAUUAAUUGUGAAUACAUUAAUUGAUGAUUUUUUAGGUCGUGGUUUAAAAUGGGCAACUGAUUGUUAUAUUUGGUAUCAAGUUGAUUCAUAUUCAUCAUUUACAUGUAAAUUAUUAACAUAUUUAUCUGAUGUAUCUGCAUUAAUUGCAUCAUUUAUUCUAAUGUUAUUUAGUAUAGAUCGUGUAUGUUCAAUAUAUUGUGCUAAACAAGUUGAACAAAUAUUAGAUUUACGUAUAGCUAAAUUAUCUAUAUUUAUAAUCUAUGUAAUUUGCUUUCUAUUAAAUAUACCCCAUUUAAUUUAUGCUGAUUUAAAAGAUGAUUCAAGAGAAAAAUCUAAUUGUCAAUAUGUUGAUCCAGUGGCUGGUGGAGUAAAAUAUGUAUUAUAUUUAUAUAUUAUUGGUGUUACAAUAUUACCGGCUAUUUUAAUUUUUAUAAUGAAUAUUUUAAUAUCAUGUAAAUUAAAAUCAACUAUAAAACGUUCAAAAUUAAAUGGUUAUCAUGAUAGACAAUCAUAUAGUGAAUUAAGUAAAGUGAUUACUCAUUUAGCUAUAAGUAUUAUGUUUACUUGUUUAUCAAUUCCAUUAGUUGCAUUAAUGAUAUUACGACAAAAAGUACAUUUUAAUAAUUAUGAAUUAAUUUAUCCAAUUUAUGCAUAUAAAAUUAUACAAUUAUCAAAAUUAUUUAGUUCUGUUGAUUCAUUUAAUCAUGCAUUUGAUUUUUUUUUAUAUUGGGCAUUUUUACCAGUAUUUAGACAAACAUUAUAUAAACUAAUUACAAAUAUGUGUUCAAAAAUAUUAUGUAACUGUAAUAAAAAGAGAAUGAUUAAUCAACAUCAUAAUAAUAACAUCAAUAGUAUGAAUAUUAGUACCAACAAUAAUGCUAAUAUUAUACUAAAUAAUAACAGUAAUCAUAGACUCAUCAAUAGUCAGAAUAACAAUAUUACUAAUAAUAAUAAUCAUUAUAACUAUGAUUUAUCUGACUUACAUUGUUACUCAUACUUGGACUUUCCUCUAGGAUAUUUUGAUUUUUCUCAUUGCAGUGGUCGUUGCUCUCCUCAUAGUCUUUACUAUUAUCAACAUUAUCGUACUCACCGUCAUCGUCGUCAUCAUCAUUAUCAUCAUUACCAGUAUCAUCAACCCCAUGAUCAAUAUUACCAGAAACGUCAACAAAAAUCUUAUCAAUUGGAACAUAAUAAACAAUUAAGUUUUCAUUGUAUGGAAGAACUUCAUGACAAAUAUUUCCAAAAUGAACAACAAUAUGAGACGAAAAUUUCUAGAUAA